UUACUGGAAAGAUUUGCUGUGUGUCUUCGUCUCCACCACCACAAAGCUGACAGCGGGCCGCGUGUGGUGCUCUCCGAAUUAGGGCUUCUCCUUCUCCUCCACUUCAUCCUCGAGGUGAUCAGUUAUGGCGAUCCUCUCGCCCCGAUCGCUCGCGUUGUCUCUGCCUCGCUUAUCGCCCCGCUCCUCGCCGCCGUUGCGGAAGCCCUCCGUCUCUUUGACCGAUCUCUCCGCUCCGUCCCUCCCCCGUCGCCUGCCGCUUGCGGUCCGCCGAGCUGCAUCAGCGAAUCCCUCUCCCUUGGCCGCCGCCGAUGCGAGCACCUGGGAGGUUCUUGGCGGCGUCAGUGUCUUGGCGGCGUCCACCGGUGAGCCCGUGUUGUUUAAGGAUCUGUGGGACCAAAACGAGGGAGUAGCUGUGGUUGCACUUUUAAGGCAUUUUGGAUGUAUUUGCUGUUGGGAACUUGCUUCAGUUUUGAAAGACUCAAUGCCAAGAUUUGAUUCGGCUGGAAUUAAGCUAAUUGCAGUUGGUGUUGGUACUCCUGACAGAGCUCGCAUUCUUGCUGAACGGCUGCCCUUUCCCCUGGAUUGCCUAUAUGCGGACCCAGAUAGGAAGGCUUAUGAAGUCUUGGGCUUGUAUUACGGUUUGGGCCGCACUUUUUUCAAUCCUGCCAGUGCCAAGGUGUUUUCAAGAUGGGAUUCUAUCAAAAAGGCAGGCAAGAACUAUACCAUUGCAGCCACUCCGGAUGAUAAGGCCAGUGUCCUGCAGCAGGGUGGUAUGCUUGUAUUCAGAGGGAAGCAGUUGUUGUAUGCAAGAAAAGAUGAAGGGACGGGUGAUCAUGCACCUUUAGAUGAAAUCUUUGACAUAUGCUGCAGAGUCCCAGUUGCAUAAACUUGGACAACUAUCAUGCGUAAUUAACUUAAAUAGGUAAAGCAGUAACCUGGUGAUAAAGUUAUGAGAAGAUGCUAAUACUGUCAAGACUUGCUCUUUUCUACCACCAACAAGUUAUUACACUUUAUAUUAUACAAGUUGCUCAAGUUUGUGUUGCAGAGGUGGCGAUCUCGGACCUGUCCUGUUCGCUAUGCUCAAUAAGGUAAUUAUUAUGGCAUGUAUUCAUCAAGUGAAAAUUAAUUUAAUAAGAUAGUAUAUGUGUUUUAGUUGUGUUUUCAAUUUCUCAUCGACACAAAUACAGAUAAAAUCUCGUGUUUAUCAUCUUAACACUUGCCUACUGAAUCUAUCAUGUAAGUCACCCUCA